AUGGCCGCCGAAAGACCCGACAAGAAGGAGAAGAAGGACAAGAAGCGCAGCGAAGAGUCUGGCGUAGGCAAGCCCAAGAAGGAGAAGAAGGAAAAGAAGGACAAGAAGGAGAAGCUCGCCGCCGCCCUCGACGAGAAGCUGCAGCAGGAUGCCGCCGCCCAGAGCAAGCCCGUGAAGAAGGAGGAGGAUUCCGAGAUGGAGGACCAGAGCCCCUCCGAGCUGCCGCCGCUGGCGAGGACCGUCGUGCCCUUCGCCGUGCCGCUAGCCGACGACAAGGGCAUGAAGAAGGUGUACAAGACCAUCAAGAAGGCCGCCAAAAACGGCACCCUCAAGCGCGGCGUCAAGGAGGUCGUCAAGACGCUCCGCAAGUCGCCUGCCGGCGGGCCGGGAAACACGUCCUUCCCCGGCGUCGUCGUCAUUGCCGGCGACAUUUCUCCCCAGGACGUCAUCUCGCACAUUCCGGUGCUGUGCGAGGACCACAACGUGCCCUUCAUCUUUGUCACGUCGCGGGCCGAGCUGGGCGCCGCCGCCAAGACCAAGCGGCCUACCAGCGUGGUCAUGAUCAUGGAGAAGCCCGACGGCAAGAAGAAGGCCGGGGUCAAGGAAGAGAAGGAGGAAGACGACGAGUCGUUUGGUGAGACGUAUGCUUCGUUGGUGAAGCUGGUGCAGAAGGAGUUUUCCAAGCAGUCGUUCUGGACAAAGGGGGAGUCAAAGGCAUAG